GGGCCCCUCUUCCCAUCCCGCCUGACCUUCUUCCCAAGGCGGCGUAUGACCCAGUGACACCAGCCUUCUACGUGUCCCUGUGGGAUGCCCUGAGCUUCUUGGAGUUGCCGGUCACCUCGGAGCUCCCGGUCAACAUGGAGAACCUCCCGAUCAAUGGAGGCAGCGGGCAGUCCUUUGGGUACACGCUGUAUGAGACCACCAUCACCGUGUCCGGCGUCCUCACUGCCCUUGUGCGUGACCGGGGACAGGUGUUCCUGGACACGUACUUCCUGGGGACCCUCGACUACAAGAGGAAUACGAUCGUCAUCCCCAUGGUCCAGGGGUUCACGACGCUGAGGAUCCUGGUGGAGAACUGCGGGAGAGUCAACUAUGGGGACAGCAUUGACCAGCAGCGCAAAGGUAUCAUUGGGAACGUCUAUCUGAAUGACUCUCCCCUGAAAAAAUUCAGAAUCUACAGCCUGGAGAUGGACAGGAGCUUCCUGCAGAGGUUCACUGCAGACAAGUGGAAACCCCUGACAGAAGAGCCCGUGUUCCCUGCAUUCUUCCUGGGAGCCCUGUCUGUCUCGGACUCCCCCUGCGACACCUUUGUGAAGCUGGAGGGCUGGGAAAAGGGGGUCGUGUUCAUCAACAACCAGAACCUCGGCCGCUACUGGAACGUCGGGCCCCAGGAGACCCUCUACCUCCCAGGCGUCUGGCUGGACGUAGGCUUAAAUAAGAUCAUCGUCUUUGAGGAGAAGAUGGCGCAACAGAUAAUCCAGUUUGUGGACACGCCCAACCUGGGCCAGCACGAGUACGUGCACUGAGCCGCCCCGGCCCGCGGCCCCGCUGACCGCUGACCGGCCUGUGCCCGCUCCGUCUACCCUCGGGAGUCUGCCUGUGGCUGCAGUUGACCCUCGCCCUGCAGGACCGGAGGCGCGAGGAGGGGGCGAGGGGCCCUGCUCCCCGGAGCGCAUCCCCGCUCCCCUAGGCCAGAUGGGGACUGUUCACCGUGGGGGCCGGUGGGGCCCGGCUCCUGAGUGUUUGCUCCUCAUCUCUGUGGCCCCGGCUCUGAGCUGGGAGGCGCGUCACUGUCCGUGGAGGGUGGGGGGAGCCCGCUGACCCUUCACAACCUGCCCAGGCCUCUCUGCCAUCCUGGCCAGCGGCCUCCUCUUUGCCCCCCGGGGGUCUGAGCGUCUGAGAGUCGAGCCUCACUUCCCGAGUCCACGUAUUCCCUCCCCGCUCCUCGUGAGGAAGCACCUGCUGAGAGGAAAGGCCGCUGCUCUGGGGAUUGGUGGGGGGCGGGGGCGGGGCCGGGCAGCCUCCUCCCACAUGUCCAUCCAGACCCCGGGGUGUGCCCAGAGGUGAGUCCUCUGUGGGGCUCUGAUUCGCUGCCCUGAGUUGCAAUAAAGCCACAGAGUUGAGUCCA